AUUGUGCGACAAUUAUUGUAGUCUUUACAUGGUGGCGGAACCGCGGAGGCAGGAGUUAGCUCGCAAUGUAUCACUAUAUAGCGAGCAACUAAUCAAUUAGCUUGUUAAUUAUUUAAUUAACACGGCACAUAUUAUCUUUAAUUUAAUGUGACGAUGUAUAAUUUGCUGUUAUUAGUUCCUAAGGUAGUCAGCACUUAGUGUCUUAGCCUAGCUUAGUUUAGCCUUUUAGCUAAACAGCAUUGCUCAACACAGUUUCAACAGAGAUGUGUCACAAUAAGGGAGACACUUGUACCAGUAAUAUCUUCAAGCCAGUGUGACUAAGUUACAACACUGUCGUUCAUGUGCUAAAUAGACUUUUGGUUGAAUAGGUUUUCUUCGAAACUGGGGCUGCCUCCGAAGCGUUCACAACAUGUUGAACAUUCCCACCCAGUCGUUCCCUGCGCCGUGUUCCCAGCAGCGGGUCGCUCCGUCCGGCCAGUCCGGCAGGAACAAGGUGUCCUUGAAGCCUGGCCACAGUCUAAUGGACUGGAUUCGGUUUUCCAAGAGUGGAAAGGAUCUGACAGGGCUCAGAGGGCGCCUGAUAGAAGUUACCAAGGACGAGCUGCAGAAGCACAACACAAAAGAUGACUGCUGGACAUGCAUACGAGGUAUGGUUUACAAUGUGACCCCCUACAUGGACUACCACCCUGGUGGAGAAGAGGAGCUGAUGAAGGCAGCUGGGAUAGAUGGCACUGACCUGUUUGACCAGGUCCAUCGCUGGGUAAACUAUGAGUCCAUGUUAAAAGAAUGCCUGGUGGGCAGGAUGGCCACAAUAACUAUUAAAGCUAUCAUCCCUUCUCCACCAGCGAAUAGCCUCGCCCCACCUAAGUCAGUGGCUCCUCCCCCAGACAAAGACUCUCGGCCUCGGUUCGACUGGUUCCAAACUGAUGUGACUGUUCAUCUGGUCGUUUAUGUUAAAAGAAAGAUCCCCAGCUCAGGCUGUACCAUUGUUGACCUCGAGGCAGGUGUUCUACGACUGGAAGUGCUGCUGGGGAAAAUGUCCUACAUGAUACAUUUACGUCUAGCUGAUGAAGUUGAAGAAAACGUUGCUGUCCACCCUGCCUUAGUGGGAAAGAUCCAAGUCACCAUACGCAAACAUACUAAAGGAAAAUGGACAAGUCUUGGUCAACCAAUGGAAUUUCACAAUACAUUUCUACGCAAAAAAGACAGAGUUUUCCACUAUCGGGAUUGUGUGUUGGUGUCUAAGACUGAGGUGAAUCAUAACACGCACCUGUUCAGAUUGAAACCUCCAUGUGGGACUGUCAUGCAUGUGCCUGUUGGAAAACAUGUCUACCUCAAAACCCUCGUUCAAGACACGGAGGUGGUGAGGCCAUACACUGUAGUAGAUCAGAACCUGGCAGCAGCCUCCUGCCACUCGCAGGAAUCCGACCUCUACCUCAUGAUCAAAGUUUACCCUGACGGAGUGUUCACCCCACAUUUCAACAGCCUGCACAUCGGUGACUGUAUAUCCGUUAGUGGUCCAGAGGGGACCUUCAGUCUCCGCCCCCUUCGUGAUGUCACAUACCUCUACCUAUUAGCAGCAGGCACAGGGUUCACACCCAUGGCUCGCCUCAUCCAACAGGCCCUGCAGGACAUCGACACCAUCAGAAAAACCAAGCUGCUCUUUUUUAACCGACGUGAGGAGGACAUUCUGUGGCGCUGUGAACUGGAUGGACUGGCUGCUAAUAGUGAGAGGUUUCAGGUGGAUUACGUCCUCUCUGAUCCCUGUGAAGGUUGGAGCGGCAGGACGGGUCGGGUGGAUGAGUCCAUGCUCAAAGAUUUCAUCAACAGGCCAGAUGGGUCCAAAUGCUAUGUGUGUGUGUGCGGCCCCACUGCCUUUACAGAGUUUACAAUAGGGUUGUUGAAGCAGCAGGGCUUCAGUGAAGAGGAGCUCCACGCCUUCCAGGGCUGAUGAGCUCGGCCUCGAGAACCUACUCCACCCUGCAAAGACUGUGUGCCUGUGAGUGAGAGCGAGAGAGAGAGAGAGUCCAUUUUAAUUUAAACAUUGUAUUUCUAUGCACCAAGGACCUGAUGAUGCUGACAGCAGGCAACACACCUCCAGACUGAUGGGCUGUAAAGAAAAUGACAGUCACAGUGCAGUAAGAUUAUUAUCAUUGUGGACAGUUCGGUCAAUAGAGUUCAUGAAAACUAUAAGUUGAAACAUUGUAAAGAUGUGUCAAAUAAAAGCAGUGAAGUAUACUGAGA